GCCACCUGAGCUGAGCAGGCUUCUCUUAUAAGGAGUUAACGUGGUGUAAAUAGCUAUUACUGCGUCAAAAUGUAAUGAGUGUAUUUCAGAGCAAUAGCUGAAAUUUCGAGUUUGGUCUCCCUGUGUCCUUGCUCGAUAGUGUUGCGUCGUAUUCCACGAAAGGCCUGAGCCAGUGGUACUAUACGUACAUCAUGGAUACACCUACGUCAUUUACGAUAUACUGAAACGCCACAACACCUGUAAUCUGCCGCCACGUUUCUCUGUUGUCGGCGUCUUCAAAUAGAAUUUUCCUUAUUUUUCCCGUGCAACAGAGCACCAGAAUUUUGUCUAACAUGCAGUAUAUGUACAUCUCAAACAAUUAACUGAGACGUUUCGAAUAUGAUUACAAGAUCACGAGCGGCAGAGGCAGUAGCGAAAAGAACGGCAUCUACAUUUCUUGAUGAAGAACUGACCAAUGGUGUCGUUUCAACAGCGAACGGCGUAGAAAAAGAAGGCGACCAAGACAAGCUCAUGGAGAAAAGCGAUCAACAACCGAGUUUAAAACGAGACAGAGGAAGCAUAGCCUUGCUUGUGUUCCUCUAUGUACUCCAAGGAAUUCCUUUGGGGCUAGCCGGCGCUAUGCCGAUGUUACUACAAACAAGAAAGGUUGCUUACAAGGACCAAGCAACGUUUAGUCUUGUGUUUUGGCCGUUCAGCAUGAAGCUGUUGUGGGCUCCUAUUGUAGACACUGCUUAUUUCUCGCGAUUUGGCCGAAGGAAGUCUUGGCUUGUUCCGGUUCAGUACUUGAUUGGAAUUGUUUUGCUUAUCCUUUCGGUGCACAUCGAGGUUUUGCUGGAUGAAAACAGUGAAGAAGGCCCAAGCGUUCUUUUUCUAACUGUGAUCUUUUUCUGUCUGAAUUUCCUUGCCGCGACUCAGGACAUUGCUGUUGAUGGCUGGUCGCUUACAUUACUGUCCAGAGAAAAUGUCGGUUAUGCCUCAACUUGCGAUACUGUUGGUCAUCUUUCGGGGUUUUUCAUCGGGAAUGCUGUGUUCUUAGGUCUGACCUCUGCCGACUUUAGCAACAGAUAUCUUAGAACGCAGCCAUCACCAAAGGGAGUGGUCGCAUUUUCAGGAUUUUUUCAUUUCUGGGGAAUUGUGUUUUUAGUCACAACUACGUUGGUUGGAUUGUUUCAACAGGAAAAGUCUGAGCAAGAACUUCAUGGUGAGGAAUCUGUUCAGGGAAUUGCUGAUGGGUAUAAAACUUUGAUUCAGAUCCUCCGCUGUCCAGGCAUUUUGAGAUUCGUGCCUAUCUUACUUACAUUUAAGGCUGGCUUUUCAGCUGCUGACUCGGUAACUAACCUAAAGCUGAUUGAAGCAGGAGUUCCUAAAGAAAAUCUUGCUCUUCUUGCCAUCCCUAUGGUUCCAAUUCAGAUUGUACUGCCCCUUUACAUCAGCAGAUACACAGCAGGUACUUGUCCUCGUCCCUUAGAUGUGUUACUCAAGCUCAUACCGUACAGACUGCUUAUGGGUGUUAUAAUAAUGAUAUUUGUAUGGUGGGCCAAUUUUGUGAGUGGACCUGGAGAGGAGUUUUUUCCGAUAUACUUUUAUGUCAUAUUCUUAUUGGUGUCAGCUGUUUAUCAGGUGACAUUGUAUUGUACCUCUCUAGCCAUUAUGGCUUUCAACGCUCGCAUUAGUGACCCACGUGUUGGAGGGACUUACCUAACCCUUCUGAACACACUGAGCAACCUUGGAGACAACUGGUGUCAGACAUUAGCCUUGUGGCUUGUUGAUGGACUCACCUGGACAAACUGCUUAGGUGCAACCAUGCCAGGACUGCAUUGCAGCAGCAAGACAAGUGCUAAGGAUUGUACAAACACUGGAGGCAUUUGCCAGACGUGGAUUGAUGGAUACUAUGUGGAGUCCAUAGUCUGUCUGGUUAUUGGGAUUUUAUGGUUGCAUUGGAAAGGUCAGGAAACUCGAUCUCUACAAGACUUACCAGAACCUGUUUGGAGAUGUCAAUAAAUUACAAUAACUUGGCACACAAGAUAAAAGUCCAUGCACCAUGGCUCAUUAAACUGCUACAUGUAAAUGUUAGUAAUAAUUACAUGUUAUAAUAUAGAUUAGGACCCUGCACGUACUCUGAUUGGUCAAAAACCCAUGUUUUA